AUGGCUUUUCUUAGCUCUAGCCAACGAUUCGUUGGCCAUUCGAGUGAGGUGACAAUCUCACACGGCAAACUUCUCUCGAUAUCCCUUCCAUCACACAACGAAGCGACAUUGCUGCACCUCAGCAUCGAGCUCCUCAUGGAUCUUGCAUCGCGCGAGCGUACUUUCGACAUGGCAGACGACACGACGACAGGUUCGUAA